CCCCGGAGGCUCUGCCAGCUGCGGUGGAACGGCGCGAGAGGACGGCCACUUAGCCCGGACUCCAAGGGAAGAAUGCAGACAAUCAAAUGUGUGGUUGUAGGAGAUGGGGCUGUAGGUAAGACCUGCCUCCUCAUCAGUUACACAACAAAUGCCUUUCCUGAGGAGUAUAUCCCCACUGUCUUUGACAACUAUAGCGCCCAGACAUCUGUGGAUGGCCAAAUCGUCAGCCUGAACCUGUGGGACACAGCUGGACAAGAGGAGUAUGACAGACUGCGAACGCUCUCCUACCCCCAGACCAAUAUCUUUGUCAUUUGUUUUUCCAUUGGCAACCCAUCCUCUUAUGCCAAUGUGAGGCAUAAGUGGCACCCAGAGGUCUCCCACCAUUGCCCCAAUGUACCUAUUCUGCUGGUAGGCACCAAGAGGGACCUGCGGAGUGACCUUGAGACAGUGAAGAAGCUGAAAGAACAGAGCCUAGUGCCCACAACUCCUCAGCAAGGCACUUCCCUGGCUAAGCAGGUGGGGGCUGUGAAGUAUCUGGAAUGUUCGGCCCUGAUGCAGGAUGGAGUACACGAGGUAUUUUUGGAAGCUGUCCGGGCUGUGCUUUACCCUGCCACCAAGAAGAACACCAAAAAGUGUGUCCUCUUAUAGCUUUUGGGGUGCUACUUGGGAACUACACCUAAGAAUAAGGGGGGAUUCCUUUGACAGCAUUUAACAAUGUCAGCAUGAGUCAUCUGUCUUUUCUCCUGGAAACCCUAGACUUCAGGUUAUUCGGCUUUUGGAGGAACAAAAGCAGGCUAGUUUGUACAGGCUGCUUUGAAGUUUGGUCGGAACCUUUUGGAGGAAGUUUGAGAGCGUGUGUCUCCUUUGUCAAAGGGGUUAAGAGGAGAUACCACCAAGUGCUGUUCUUUUCUGUCCUGGCCAAGUCACGACUAAGCAGAGCAGCCUAGUACUGUUCUUUGUAGGCUUUUGCUUGUCUGCUUUUAAAUCUAAUUUCAGCUUUCCUGGCUGUAUUUACCAUUGAGCAAGUGCCUCACAGAAGGACAAGGUUCUCCAGUUUUCAGAUCAUUGUCUUAAAUUUUCUGAAAUACUAAUUUUUGAAUACUAUUUUAUGUGUUGAUUCCUGGGUGUUCCCAAUGUUGACAUGUUCUUCCCAUUUUUGAGAUGAGACACUUUUUUGCAAAAAUGGUUAAGCAGUAUUUUCCAAAGUUCUGUGAAAUGGUAAUAGAUGUUCCUUAAAAGGGUUCUGUGGUCAAAUAAGUCAGGAACCAGUGAUUUAAAUAAAGUUGAACAGGUUCCUCUACUGCAGGAAUUUAUAACUUUUAAUAAGUAUGCAACAUUUCCCAAACUUAUUUCACUGAACUUUUUUUUUUUUUGGUCCCAUGCAACACCUAUUAACAUCUUUGGGAACACAGUUUCAGAGAUGCUGGGUUAAUAGGAACUAGGAAUUCCCAUGGAGGAGGCUGUGGAAAAGAAAAGCAUAAUAUGAUCCUGUUCUUUUUGAUGUUUCCCUCUUCAUGCCUUUGAGAGGAAUGUUUACCAGCAAUGGACCUGUUAUUGGUUCCUCUUCCAUCCUCACAAGAUGGGUUUGGCAUUUAGUUGUGAUAGUGCAUUGGAUGUGGGAUCUGAUGGUCAGAUCUGCUAUCACAUUAUGAUAGCACUAUGGGUCUGGCAAUGUGGAAUUAACAAUCCCUCCAAAAAGUUGUGUCUCUGAGGCUUCUCUGUGGCCCUUUCUUCUCUCUGUCACCUUCCACUUUAGGGAAAGACUACUGAAGGUUAACCCCCUAAAUAAAACCAACCAACCAAACAAAAUGUCCUGCCAGUCAUUGUCAGGGAGUUCUGUGAGUCCCUUUGAGACUUCUCUUCUGCCGUCAUUCCUCCGAGUCACUCUAAAGGCUCCCUUGCUCUUCCUGUUCCUCCCUCCUCUGUACAUCUCCCUCUGUGUGUGGUCAGCCCUGUGUGCCUUUUGAGGUCUUUUAGUUACUCUAAAAGAGUUGGAGUAUGUUGGAUCUCCAGGGUCUGUCACCCUUGUGGGGAUUUUGCUGGGGUUGCUCAGCCUGCUCUGGGACACUAGGAGUCACAUUCCAUACUCCAGUGCACCUGCUUCUCCUUCUCCCUAGUUGUAUUUUUGACCUUCUUCAUUUAAUAUGGAAGGAAAAACUUACUUCUCCACCUGGCAAAUAAUGGUUGACAACCCCACCGUGCACAUACCUUCUCACCGUGCCAAAAUAGCAUUGGAUUUUCAAGCGUUUGGGAAAUGGAGCUAAAAGGAUCACAUACCUCUUCCUCCUGUGGUGGGUGAAGUGUCUGUGCUUUGCUCAGUGAUAGUCUUGCUGUUGCUCUUUGACAAGAUCUGAUCAGAGUAGCUUCAUGCUAACUGAACAACCAGGAUAGGGUUGCCAGAUAAAAUACAAUGACUUUUCACAAAUAAUAUUUUUUUGCUGAGGAAAAUUAGCCCUGAGCUAAUAUGUGUGCCAAUCUUCCUCCACUUUAUAUGUGGGUUGCCGCCACAGCAGGGCCAGCGAGUGGUGUAGGUCUGCGCCUGGGACCCGAACCCAUGAACCCAGGCUGCCGGGCCACCAAAAUGGAGCACACUGAACUCAACCACUAUGCUAUGGGGCCAGCCCCUAUGAAUAAUUUUUUUUUUUUUGGUGAGGAAGAUUAGCCCUGAGCUAACAUCUGUUGCCAAUCCUCCUCUUUUUGCUGAGGAAGAUUGGCCCUGGGCUAACAUCCAUGCCCAUCUUCCUCUACUUUAUAUGUGGGAUGCUUGCCACAGCAUGGCUUGCUAAGCAGUGCGUAGGUCUGCACCAAGGAUCCGAACCUGCAAACCCUAGGCCACCGAAGCAGAGCGUGCGAACUUAACCACUAUGCCACUGGGCCAGCCCCCAAAUAAUUUUUUAGUAUAAGAAGUAUGUACCAUGCAAUAUUUGGGACAUACUUAUACUAAAAAAUUAUUUGCUGUUUAUCUGAAAUUCAAAUUUAACAGGGCAUCCUGUAUUUUUAUUUGCUAAAUCUGGCAACCCCACUCUUGGAAAAUCUGGAACUUGGAGGUCAAGCAGAUAUCAAGUAUUGAUAGACGAUAAAAGGUUACAUAAACUCUCUCUUCUUCCUCCUUUACUUCCUUUUCCUUCACCAUGGACUAAAGUGUUCUGUUUUUCCUUCAUCACUGCACCCUCCACUUCACACAGUACUUCGUUGGUGUCCAUUUCUACACCGUUGAUUGUCUAAAGCUGUGGAGGAUCCAGGAUGGAUAGUAUGGUCCAGCAUAUG